AUGGACAGUUUCAACUUAUCCGUUCUGGCUUCUUGGGAAGAGAAUUCAACAGCCAGUAAAGUCUUUGUUCCUGGGAACGUAUCCCUAGUUACCAGCCUUGGCCUGGAUGUCAGUGGCGUCCUCAUUCCUCUGGUUUACCUGAUUGUCUGUGUGGUGGGACUAGCUGGAAACUCCCUGGUCAUCUAUGUGGUUUUGUGCCAUUCCGUGAGUGAAUCAGUCACCAAUGUCUACAUCUUCAACUUGGCCUUGGCAGAUGAACUCUUCAUGCUUGGUCUGCCCUUCCUGGCUGCACAAAAUGCCUUGUCCUACUGGCCUUUUGGUUCAUUCAUGUGCCGGCUAGUGAUGGCUGUGGAUGCCAUAAAUCAGUUCACUAGUAUUUUCUGCCUGACGGUGAUGAGCGUUGACCGCUAUUUGGCUGUGGUGCACCCUGGGAAAUCAUCAAAAUGGCGGACAGCACGAGUGGCCAAGGCUGUCAGUGCCACUGUGUGGGUGAUCUCUUCUGUGGUGGUGUUGCCAGUGGUGGUGUUUUCCGAGGUCCCUGAGGGCAUGAACACCUGCCACAUUAAGUGGCCUGAGCCUGCGUCAGUGUGGAAAGCUGGCUUCAUUGUCUACACAGCUGCCCUUGGCUUCUUUGGACCAUUGCUGGUCAUCUGCCUGUGCUACCUGCUUAUUGUUGUCAAGAUUCGGUCAACAGGCAGAAAAGUACGGGCACUGACAGCCAAGCGCAAGCACUCUGAGCGUAGGGUCACCCGCAUGGUGGUUGCUGUGGUGGCGGUCUUUGUACUCUGCUGGCUGCCCUUCUAUGUGCUCAACAUCAUCAAUGUCACCUGUACUCUGCCUGAUGAGCCAUCACUUUUUGGUAUCUACUUCCUGGUGGUGGUCCUGCCCUAUGCCAACAGCUGUGCCAAUCCCAUCAUCUAUGGCUUCCUCUCCUACCGCUUCAAGCAAGGUUUCCGUAGGGCCAUCCUGAGACCCUCCCGCCGAGUGCAGAAUCAAGACAUAGCAGCAGCUGCAUCUACGGGAGAUAAGAUAGAAGAGGAGGAGGAUGAAGAAGAGGAGGAGGAGGGAGAAGACAAGAUUGAAGCAAGUGAGGUCAGCAAGAUUGCCCAAAAUGGCAAUGGCAUGCAGGAGUGUGUUCCAAUCAGUGAGUCAGGAGGAGGCAGUGGACAGAAACAGCUUCCUGAGGAGAAUGUUAGCUGUGAGAAACCCAACACUGUGAACAUCAGCUACUUAUAG